AUGUCUGCUGACCCAAUUGUGCCCAAUGUCUCGGUUGGCUAUGGUGGUGGGACUAGCAAUAAGUUCCCUAUGCCCGAAUUACACGGAAAUCAGGCAGUCCGGAAACUCGACGUGUGGAUUGGGUACAGUGACGGAAGCCAUCCCGAGCCGGAGGGCCUUUGCGGUAUUUCGGUCACAUAUGAUGGGAUGCCCAUGAUUACCUAUGGCUCUACGGAAGGUGACAAGUACACCUUGGAGCUUGAGCCCGACGAGAGAAUCAUUAGGUUUUCCCUUUCAUCUUCUUCUGAUAUCACCCCGCAAGUAAAACGGAUUGAAAUCGACACAGACAAGGGACAGUCACUUGCAGCUGGCCCUACAGAGGAUACCAAUGAGUACAUAAUGGAUGUCGGUAGCGGCUUUCUGAGGUCUUUCGACGGAUGUUACGCCGGUACUUUCGACCAAUGCCGCGGUCAUGGAAUAACCAUUCUGCACCCAUCGAUGCUUAAAUUCAAGGAUCACUCUGAAUCUAUUGUCGUAAACAACGCAUUGGCCGGGGGGUCGCCGGGACCGAUAACAUUUUGGGCCUGUAAAGCCGACGCCGAACAGCGAAUCUUGAAGAUUGACAUAUUUUAUGGGAAGAUUAAGCCUACCGGUGACUACCCAGUCAUCCUGAGAGGGAUGAAAAUCACCUGGGAAGAUGACACAUCAACCCGGGGGUAUGGAGUUAAUGAUACAUACUUCGCGCAGCUUGAAUCCUUCACCUUUGAUCUCAAGAAUGAUGAAUCUAUCACGGAUAUGAAUAUCUGGAGCGACAACCUAUACAUAUACCGGAUUAAAUUUACAACGAUUUUCGGUCGGACGGUCGAUGUUGGUGGGAGCGAGGGGAAAUCGAGCCAGUUGGAGUUAGGGGAUGGUAACUUGGUAGGCUUUGCAGGAAAGGUUGAGGACGGUUACUUGGGGCUCCUAGCCCCAAUUUUUCUCUCAGGGAAGUAA